AUGGCGUUACCGACUAGCGGCGCACUAGCAGUUCGCCUGUCUAUGAGAGUCCAAGUUGGGCCCGACGCAGGAGCACUCGAGAGCACGAACGGUUGCGCCUUCACUCCGAUGUUGGCGUCCAUAGUGGAAUCCCUGAAGUUCCAUAGCGAACGCGACGCCAUCCCUAGUGCAGGCUCCAGGGAGUUCGACGCCUCGAGGCUCCUCUCUGGGCCCUAUUUGAGUGGCUGGAUCCACCAGAGUCAACGCGACGCCAUCCCUAGUGCAGGCUCCAGGGAGUUCGACGCCUCGAGGCUCCUCUCUGGGCCCUAUUUGAGUGGCUGGAUCCACCAGAGCGAACCCGACGCCAUCCCUAGUGCAGGCUCCAGGGAGUUCGAAGCCUCCAGACUCCCCUCUGGGACCUGUUUGGGUGGCUGGAUCCCCCAAAGUUCCAUAGCAAACGCGACGCCAUCCCUAGUGCAGGCUCCAGGGAGUUCGAAGCCUCCAGACUCCUCUCUGGGACCUGUUUGCGUGGCUGGAUCCCCCAAAGGUGAGCUUCUAAGGCUUCAUGAUUCCAUAGUGAACGCGUCGCCAUCCCUGGUGCAGGCUCCAGGCUCCUCUCUGGGCCCUGUUUGCGUGGCUGGAUCCCACAAAGUCAAAAUUUUAACCAUGGAUCUCCCUAGUUCCAUAGUGAACGCCACGCCAUCCCUAGUGCAGGCUCCAGGGAGUUCGAAGCCUCCAGACUCCUGUCUGGGACCUGUUUGCGUGGCUGGAUCCCCCAAAGUGCAGGCUCCAGGUAGUUCGACUCCUCCAGGCUCCUCUCUGGGUCCUGUUGGCGUGGCUGGAUCCACCAGAGGCUCCAGGGAGUUCGACGCCUCGAGGCUCCUCUCUGGGCCAUAUUUGCGUGGCUGGAUCCACCAGAGUGUGUUUGGUCAGAAUCUUAACCAUGCACCUCCCCAGUUCCAUAUAGAACGCGACGCCAUCCCUAGUGCAGGCUCCAGGGAGUUCGAAGCCUCCAGGCUACCCUCUGGGACCUGUUUGCGUGGCUGGAUCCCCCAAAGGUCCAUAGUGAACGCGACGCCAUCCCUAGUGCAGGCUCCAGGGAGUUCGACUCCUCCAGGCUCCUCUCUGGGUCCUGUUGGCGUGGCUGGAUCCACCAGAGAGAACGCGACGCCAUCCCUAGUGCAGGCUCCAGGGAGUUCGACUCCUCCAGGCUCCUCUCUGGGUCCUGUUGGCGUGGCUGGAUCCACCAGAGUGCAGGCUCCAGGGAGUUCGACUCCUCCAGGCUCCUCUCUGGGUCCUGUUGGCGUGGCUGGAUCCACCAGAGUGCAGGCUCCAGGGAGUUCGAAGCCUCCAGACUCCCUCUGGCACCUGUUUGCGUGGCUGGAUCCCCCAAAGUUCCAUAGUGAACGCGACGCCAUCCCUAGUGCAGGCUCCAGAGAGUUCGACUCCUCCAGGCUCCUCUCUGGGUCCUGUUGGCGUGGCUGGAUCCACCAGAGUUCCAUAGUGAACGCGACGCCAUCCCUAGUGCAGGCUCCAGGGAGUUUGACUCCUCCAGGCUCCUCUCUGGACCCUGUUGGCGUGGCUGGAUCCACCAGAGAGAACGCGACGCCAUCCCUAGUGCAGGCUCCAGGGAGUUCGAAGCCUCCAGACUCCCCUCUGGGACCUGUUUCCGUGGCUAGAUCCCCCAAGUUCCAUAGAGAACGCGACGCCAUCCCUAGUGCAGGCUCCAGGGAGUUCGACUCCUCCAGACUCCUGUCUGGGACCUGUUUGCGUGGCUGGAUCCCCCAAAGUUCCAUAGAGAACGCGACGGCAUCCCUAGUGCAGGCUGCAGGGAGUUCGAAGCCUCCAGACUCCUGUCUGGGACCUGUUUGCGUGGCUGGAUCCCCCAAAGGUGAGCUUCUAAGGCUUCAUCAGUUUCACAGUGAACGCGACGCUAUCCCUAGUGCCGGCUCCAGGGAGUUCGACUCCUCCAGGCUCCUCUCUGGGUCCUGUUGGCGUGGCUGGAUCCACCAGAGUUCCAUAGUGAACGUGACGCCAUCCCUAGUGCAGGCUCCAGGGAGUUCGACUCCUCCAGGCUCCUCUCUGGGUCCUGUUGGCGUGGCUGAAUCCACCAGAGAACGCGACGCCAUCCCUAGUGCAGGCUCCAGGGAGUUCGAAGCCUCCAGGCUCCCCUCCGGGGCCUGUUUGCGUGGCUGGAUCCCCCAAAGUUCCAUAGAGAACGUGACGCCAUCCCUAGUGCAGGCUCCAGGGAGUUCGAAGCCUCCAGACUCCUGUCUGGGACCUGUUUGCGUGGCUGGAUCCCCCAAAGUGCAGGCUCCAGGGAGUUCGAAGCCUCCAGACUCCUGUCUGGGACCUGUUUGCGUGGCUGGAUCCCCCAAAGAACGCGACGCCAUCCCUAGUGCAGGCUCCAGGGAGUUCGAAGCCUCCAGGCUCCCCUCUGGGACCUGUUUGCGUGGCUGGAUCCCCCAAAGUUCCAUAGUGAACGUGACGCCAUCCCUAGUGCAGGCUCCAGGGAGUUCGACUCCUCCAGGCUCCUCUCUGGGUCCUGUUGGCGUGGCUGAAUCCACCAGAGAACGCGACGCCAUCCCUAGUGCAGGCUCCAGGGAGUUCGAAGCCUCCAGGCUCCCCUCUGGGACCUGUUUGCGUGGCUGGAUCCCCCAAAGUUCCAUAGAGAACGUGACGCCAUCCCUAGUGCAGGCUCCAGGGAGUUCGAAGCCUCCAGACUCCUGUCUGGGACCUGUUUGCGUGGCUGGAUCCCCCAAAGUGCAGGCUCCAGGGAGUUCGACUCCUCCAGGCUCCUCUCUGGGUCCUGUUGGCGUGGCUGGAUCCCCCAAAGUCAAAAUUUUAACCAUGGAUCUCCCUAGUUCCAUAGUGAACGCGACGCCAUCCCUAGUGCAGGCUCCAGGGAGUUCGACUCCUCCAGGCUCCUCUCUGGGUCCUGUUGGCGUGGCUGGAUCCACCAGAGUCAAAAUUUUAACCAUGCAUCUCCCUAGUUCCAUAGUGAACGCGACGCCAUCCCUAGAUCAGGCUCCAGGGAGUUCGAAGCCUCCAGGCUCCCCUCUGGGACCUGUUUGCGUGGCUGGAUCCCCCAAAGUGCAGGCUCCAGGGAGUUCGACUCCUCCAGGCUCCUCUCUGGGUCCUGUUGGCGUGGCUGGAUCCACCAGAGGCUCCAGGGAGUUCGACGACUCGAGGCUCCUCUCUGGGCCCUAUUUGCGUGGCUGGAUCCACCAGAGUUUCAUAGUGAACGCGACGCUAUCCCUAGUGCAGGCUCCAGGGAGUUCGACUCCUCCAGGCUCCUCUCUGGGUCCUGUUGGCGUGGCUGGAUCCCCCAAAGUGCAGGCUCCAGGGAGUUCGACUCCUCCAGGCUCCUCUCUGGGUCCUGUUGGCGUGGCUGGAUCCACCAGAGGUGAGCUUCUAAAGCUUCAUGAGUUGGACCUCUCUCUCACGGAACGCGACGCCAUCCCUAGUGCAGGCUCCAGGGAGUUCGAAGCCUCCAGACUCCUGUCUGGGACCUGUUUGCGUGGCUGGAUCCCCCAAAGUUUCAUAGUGAACGCGACGCUAUCCCUAGUGCAGGCUCCAGGGAGUUCGACUCCUCCAGGCUCCUCUCUGGGUCCUGUUGGCGUGGCUGGAUCCCCCAAAGAACGCGACGCCAUCCCUAGUGCAGGCUCCAGGGAGUUCGAAGCCUCCAGACUCCCCUCUGGCACUUGUUUGCGUGGCUGGAUCCCCCAAAGUUCCAUAGUGAACGCGACGCCAUCCCUAGUGCAGGCUCCAGGGAGUUCGACUCCUCCAGGCUCCUCUCUGGGUCCUGUUGGCGUGGCUGGAUCCACCAGAGGCUCCAGGGAGUUCGACGACUCGAGGCUCCUCUCUGGGCCCUAUUUGCGUGGCUGGAUCCACCAGAGUUUCAUAGUGAACGCGACGCUAUCCCUAGUGCAGGCUCCAGGGAGUUCGACUCCUCCAGGCUCCUCUCUGGGUCCUGUUGGCGUGGCUGGAUCCACCAGAGGCUCCAGGGAGUUCGACGACUCGAGGCUCCUGUCUGGGACCUGUUUGCGUGGUUGGAUCCCCCAAAGUUCCAUAGUGAACGCGACGCCAUCCCUAGAUCAGGCUCCAGGGAGUUCGAAGCCUCCAGGCUCCCCUCUGGGACCUGUUUGCGUGGCUGGAUCCCCCAAAGGUGAGCUUCUAAGGCUUCAUCAGUUUCACAGUGAACGCGACGCUAUCCCUAGUGCAGGCUCCAGGGAGUUCGACUCCUCCAGGCUCCUCUCUGGGUCCUGUUGGCGUGGCUGGAUCCACCAGAGUUCCAUAGCGAACGCGACGCCAUCCCUUGUACAGGCUCCAGGGAGUUCGACGCCUCGAGGCUCCUCUCUGGGCCCUAUUUGCGUGGCUGGAUCCACCAGAGAACGCGACGCCAUCCCUAGUGCAGGCUCCAGGGAGUUCGACUCCUCCAGGCUCCUCUCUGGGUCCUGUUGGCGUGGCUGGAUCCACCAGAGUUCCAUAGAGAACGCGACGCCAUCCCUAGUGCAGGCUCCAGGGAGUUCGAAGCCUCCAGACUCCCCUCUGGGACCUGUUUGCGUGGCUAGAUCCCCCAAAGGUGAGCUUCUAAGGCUUCAUGAGUUGGACCUUUCUCACGGUUCCAUAGAGAACGCGACGCCAUCCCUAGUGCAGGCUCCAGGGAGUUCGAAGCCUCCAGACUCCUGUCUGGGACCUGUUUGCGUGGCUGGAUCCCCCAAAGUGCAGGCUCCAGGGAGUUCGACUCCUCCAGGCUCCUCUCUGGGUCCUGUUGGCGUGGCUGGAUCCACCAGAGGCUCCAGGGAGUUCGACGACUCGAGGCUCCUCUCUGGGCCCUAUUUGCGUGGCUGGAUCCACCAGAGUUCCAUAGUGAACGCGACGCCAUCCCUAGAUCAGGCUCCAGGGAGUUCGAAGCCUCCAGGCUCCCCUCUGGGACCUGUUUGCGUGGCUGGAUCCCCCAAAGUGCAGGCUCCAGGGAGUUCGACUCCUCCAGGCUCCUCUCUGGGUCCUGUUGGCGUGGCUGGAUCCACCAGAGAACGCGACGCCAUCCCUAGUGCAGGCUCCAGGGAGUUCGAAGCCUCCAGGCUCCCCUCUGGGACCUGUUUGCGUGGCUGGAUCCCCCAAAGGCAUCUCCCUAGUUCCAUAGUGAACGCGACGCCAUCCCUAGUGCAGGCUCCAGGGAGUUCGACUCCUCCAGGCUCCUCUCUGGGUCGUGUUGGCGUGGCUGAAUCCACCAGAGUUCCAAUAGAACGCGACGCCAUCCCUAGUGCAGGCUCCAGGGAGUUCGAAGCCUCCAGGCUCCCCUCUGGGACCUGUUUGCGUGGCUGGAUCCCCCAAAGUUCCAUAGAGAACGCGACGCCAUCCCUAGUGCAGGCUCCAGGGAGUUCGAAGCCUCCAGACUCCCCUCUGGGACCUGUUUGCGUGGCUAGAUCCCCCAAAGGCUCCAGGGAGUUCGACGACUCGAGGCUCCUCUCUGGGCCCUAUUUGCGUGGCUGGAUCCACCAGAGUUCCAUAGUGAACGCGACGCCAUCCCUAGUGCAGGCUCCAGGGAGUUCGACUCCUCCAGGCUCCUCUCUGGGUCCUGUUGGCAGGGCUGAAUCCACCAGAGGUGAGCUUCUAAAGCUUCAUGAGCUGGACCACUUUCUCACUGCACAUACGAAUGCUAUCGCACCUAGGUUCUUUCAUGAAACUUUCACAUUGUGGUGGAGUGUGUUUGGUCAGAAUCUUAACCAUGCAUCUCCCCAGUUCCAUAUAGAACUCGACGCCAUUCAUAGUGCAGGCUCCAGGGAGUUCGAAGCCUCCAGACACCCCUCUGGGACCUGUUUGCGUGGCUGGAUCCCCCAAAGUUCCAUAGAGAACGCGACGCCAUCCCUAGUGCAUGCUCCAGGGAGUUCGAAGCCUCCAGACUCAUCUCUGGGCCCUCUUUACAUGGCUGGAUCCCCCAAAGUGAACGCGACGCCAUCCCUAGUGCAGGCUCCAGGGAGUUCGACUCCUCCAGGCUCCUCUCUGGGUCCUGUUGGCGUGGCUGAAUCCACCAGAGUGCAGGCUCCAGGGAGUUCGAAGCCUCCAGGCUCCCCUCUGGGACCUGUUUGCGUGGCUGGAUCCCCCAAAGGUGAGCUUCUAAGGCUUCAUGAGUUGGACCUCUUUCUCAUGGGCACAUACGAAUGCUAUCGCCCCUAG